AUGAUAGCAUUUAAGCGACUAAUACACUCGGGUAGACCAUUAUUCUCUCCGGGAUUGAAGCUUGAUCCAAAUUACAAAUUGAAAUGUGGAUUGGAAAUACAUACUCAAUUAAAAACCAAGUACAAGCUAUUCUCAUUAUCAUCUACAAAGUUCAAUUCUGAGCCCAAUACAAACGUUAGUUACUUUGAUUGUGGGUUACCCGGGACCCUACCUAAACUAAAUCCAGAGGCAUUGUACUUAGCAUUAAAGACAGCUGUGGCGUUGAACAGUGAUGUGCAAUCGUUUUCAACUUUUGACAGAAAGCAUUACUUUUAUCCGGAUCAACCCCAAGGAUUCCAGAUAACUCAAAGAUACCAUCCUAUAGCAAAGAACGGAUAUGUGGAGUUAAAUAGCAAAUUUGACGAUAUAGCAGAAGAUCUGAAAAUUAUUAACAUCGAACAGAUUCAAAUUGAACAGGAUACUGGUAAAACUACUUAUGAUAAAUUUGACAAGCUAAUUAAAGUCGAUUUAAACAGAUCCAAUAUUCCAUUGAUUGAACUAGUUACAAAGCCUGAUUUUGAAAACAUGUCACAAAUCAGGGCCUUUAUCAAAAAAUACCAAACCUUAGUAAAACAUUUGGAUGUUUGCACUGGUGACUUGGAAACAGGUGCGAUAAGAAUAGAUCUUAAUGUGAGCAUUAACGGUGGUGAGAGAGUAGAAGUUAAGAACUUAGGAAGUUCCAGCGAAUUAGCAAGUGCAUUGAAGUCUGAGUAUCAGAGACAAAUAAGGAUGUCGAAGGAAAAUACACCUGUCAUUCAGGAAACAAGAGGUUGGGAUGGUAAGGAGACUGUAAGGUUGAGGAGUAAAGAGGAUGCUGUGGAAUAUAGAUAUGUCCCAGAUUCUGAAUUACCAUUUAUCAACUUGGAUCCUGGUAUAUCGCAGGAAAUUGCUGCUACAUUGCCUGAUUUGCCUGACACCAUUAUAACCAAAUUAAUCUCCAAGCCAUAUAACUUGGAAUUGAAGCAUGCUAAAUUCUUUAUUGAAAAUAAGGAUAUUCUUAAUUAUUAUUAUGAUUUAUUUAAAAUCGUGGUCACUGAUGCCGGUAAAGACUAUAGAGUUGCAAACAAUUGGCUCGUACAUGAGUUGAUUGGAGCCUUUUCAAAAUUUGAAGUACCAUUAGAUGUAUCUUUAAUACCUCCAACAAAACUCGGAGAGAUAAUUAUUAUGGUCUCAAAUGAUGAACUAACUUCGACUUCAGCUAAACUAUUACUUUCACAAUUGGUUAAGUCGCCAAGUGAUAAAGAUUUAACUAUUCAAGAAUUAAUAGGAAAAUACGAUGUAGGUAAGAUUAAAGAUAUCACUGAAGAUGAAUUAUCAGAAGCAAUUGAAGAGGUAUGCAUAGAUAUUAUUGAAAACAAUCAGGAUGUUAUAGAAAAAAUUAUUACGGGAAAGCCGAAGUCAAUUAAUUAUCUCAUUGGCUUGGCUAUGAGAGAAACAAACGGAAAAGUUAAUUCUAAAGUCAUUGAAUCUAAAUUCAAGCAGCUAAUUGCUAAUUAUAAAUAA